UCUGUGAAACGCAUCAUUGAAUUGAAUUUGAAGGUAGUUAAGAAAAAAGAACACCUUUCCAUCCAAUCCAGUCUUAUUUUGAACAAUAGACAAAAACCAGAUACAACAUAACUCUAAUUAAUUUAAACGGAAAACAGGACAGGUGGUCAACUUUUAAUCAUUUUGUAAUCGUAACUAGGUACCUAACCAUAACAAACAAACGACAUAGAUAUAUCAGCACUGACUUUAUUUUUGACGACCAUGUCCUUAAAAAAAGCUACCGAAGUAAAACUCAGCAAAAAUUUGCUUACCCCUUGUAGAAGGGUUGGUCUGUCUCGGACAAAAAAGACCCCCAGAACUAUGAACUUCAAUACUUCGGGUUCUUUCAAUGAAAUGUGUGGUGUACUUGAUACAACACCCGUUAAACGUGACAGUAGCAUCUCAACACCCGUAAUACUGAAUACUUCUGGUUCUUUGAAUGAAGUGUGUGCUGUACUUGAUACAACACCCGUUAAAUGUGACAGUAGUAUCUCAACAACCGUAAAAAGAAACAGUAUUUGCGAUGCACCUACAACAGCAAAAUCGCCAAAGCCUAAAAAGAGAAAGUUGGAACGUUUAACUCCAACUUCUAGUAAAACCCAAAUUUCCAAGCAAUCUUCAGAGAAAAUCAGUGUCAGGGAAAUUGUAGUGUCAUUAUCAGACACUCAAUGCAAUAAACCCUCAAUACUAAAAGAAAGUUUAUGCCAAAGCUCUAAAGAAGAUCAUUCUAGACAAAAACUUGUAAAAGAAACAACACUGAAAAAAGAAAAACCAGAUACAAGUGCUGUAAAGUUAAAUUCUACUCAUGAUCAAUCCAAAAAUAGCAAUGUUAUGAAGGAGACUUCAAAUGCAAAUAAAAAGAAUAUAAAAAGGUGCUUAUCCUUAACAAAAACAAAAUCUGAAGAUAGUCAAGAAAUAGGGAAAGAUGAAAAAAGUACUCAAGAUACAGAAGAAGACAUUAUUUUUACACACGAUCCUCAAGUUGAAGAAAACAGUUAUUCAAGAACUAAUUUGCUUGCUAGCAUAAACCUACUGAAAUCUGAAAUUGCAAGAAAAAAUGAGACUCUUUUGAAACUCAAGCAAGCUGAAGUUUAUAAGAAUAAGCAUGAUAAGAAUGAGCUUAAAGAACUUUCUCUUAGAUGGUUAGAGGGUUGCAAAUUAAGUUUAAGUGACUUAUGGGUGCAGUUAAAGGAACACGGACCAAUGAGCAUGGAUUACUUAGUUACUAAAUUACAUCUUCCUCAAGACAUUAUUGAUAGAUUAAUGAUAAAUAAUUAAU